ACUUUAUAAAAAUAUGACUGUACAUGAUUAAUUGGAGACUCUCCUAACUCUCUCGCCAAUACAAAAGAAACUCAACGGCGAAUCUGAAAUCCAGUAAUUUCCAGUAGAAAAUUGAAAGAAUCGUUGCUGGGACUCCAAAAGUUCGAAUUUUGGAGGCGAAAACAUCAAUGGGGAAGUGUUUCAGCUUCACAUCAUCAAGGGACAAGUGCUACCGGUGGUCCUUCUCCUCCGCCGGGCUCCGCUCCCUCACGGCCAACCUCGGCGACGGCACCUUCAUCCACAGCUGGGGGCCCAAGGCCCACAAGCCCAACAAGCCGACCCUCGUCCUCCUCCACGGAAUCGGCGCCAACGCAAUGUGGCAGUGGGGCGACUUCGUCUCUCCCUUGUCGGCGAAAUUCAACGUCUACGUUCCCGAUUUGUUGUUCUUCGGCGACUCCUACACUUCGCGGCCGGAGCGGGGUGAGGGGUUUCAGGCGGAGUGCGUGUACCGGGCUUUGGCGGCGGCGGGGGUGAGGGGCCGGAUGAGCGUGGUGGGCCUCAGCUACGGCGGGUUUGUGGCUUACAGCAUGGCGGCGCGGUUCCCGGAGGCGGUGGAGAGGGUGGUGAUUGGGUGCGCUGGGGUUUGCUUGGAGGAGAGGGAUAUGGAGGAGGGGAUGUUUAAGGUGAGGACUGUGGAUGAGGCUAUUGGGAUUUUGCUGGCUCAGACGCCGGAGAAGCUGAGGGAGUUGAUGCGGCUGUCGUUUUAUAAGCCGGCGAAGAAUGUGCCUUCUUGCUUUCUUGCUGAUUUUAUUCAUGUAAUGUGUACAGAGAAUCUUCAAGAACGAAAAGAGUUGAUCUACGCGUUGCAUAAGGAUAGAAAGCUCUCUGAUCUGCCUAAAAUCACUCAGCCUACGUUGAUAAUAUGGGGAGAACACGACCAGGUUUUCCCGGUAGAAUUGGCUCAUAGAUUAGUAAGGCACUUGGGAAACAACGCAGAGCUCGUGAUACUAAAAAAUGCAGGACAUGCGAUCAAUAUGGAGAAGACGAAGGAGCUAUACAAGCUCUUAAAGUCGUUCCUCAUCCCGAAGCUCGAGAACAAUGGCAAGGUUGACUGAUAAGAGAGAGCAAGUGUGUUUGUAACAUUUUUUAUGUUGUGGUAAAUCCAUAUUUUAGGAGUAUAGAGGCAGAAUAUGUGAUAUGAAAUUAGCAUAUUUCUUUUGUUUUUUCGUGGCAUGAGAUUUAGUUUUUGGUCGUAAGUAUGUGUUAUAAGGCCAAACGCAAGUCUCGGGCUCGAACCCAUUGUGACGCAGCGUUUACAUUUAUUGUAAUACCCCGACUUUUCUACCUUUUUUUGGUCCGUGGAAGAACGUUGAAUAUUUAACUCAA